AUGACCCCCUACAAGUGCAGGAAUCAACACCGCGGAAAAGAAGAGUCCCGCCAAACAACUCAGGAAGCCCACAGCUCUGUGGACAAUUCUCCAACCCCCAAGCCAAACAGAAAACUUAACUUCUCGACACCGAGCAAGCCGCUCCGAUCCCAAAAUGUUGCAAAUGAUACCCCCUCUCGAACGAAGAAUGCAGAUCGCUCCGCGAAAAGAAAGAGCGCAGGGAUCCUCUUAAAUCCAAACGAAGACGACGUGUGGGAUGGGGGAGAGAAGCUAGCCCGGGAGAUAUGGGAUAUUGAAGAGGAAGCUGAAGCUGGAAAUGAGACCAAUAACAUCGAAGGAACGGAUGAUAUCCUUGCAACGACCAGAAAUCAUUUAACAGAAACGCCCACGAAGCAACGAGGUGGCAAACUGUCGAAAACACGAGCAAGUCGACGAACCCCAACUCCGGAGGGUGACAUUCCGCCCCAUGAAAGAUACUUCUUCCAAAACCGUCCUGGGCCAGUACUGACUUCGGAUCACACGCUCUCCAAACUGGCACUGCUAACACACGAAGAAUAUUUCGACCAUCUGGAGGAACACACUGAUUCGUAUGUGCAAGAAAGGGAAACACUUUUAGAGAUCCACGAGCGAUCGUUCCCGCAAUGGAAUUUCGAACUAAGCGAAGGAUUUAAUAUAUGUUUAUAUGGAUAUGGUUCCAAACGAAACCUCCUGCAGCGAUUUGCAGACUGGUUAUAUAUGUGGUAUAGCGAUCCUCCCAUCGUCAUUGUGAAUGGCUAUACCGCAAACAUCACGCUCAGAUCUAUUCUGGCGACUAUUGUAAGUGCUGUACUAGGCCCUGACGCCCCAUCAAAGCUGGGGACACAACCAAGCGAGAUUUUGGAUUUGUUGCAAACCAACCUCAGUGCGAACCCUCCAAAGCAACCGAUAACGGUUCUAAUAAAUUCGAUUGACUCGCUUUCAUUACGCCGUCAAUCCUACCAGGCUCUUUUAGCCCGUUUGGCCAGUUUUCCUCAUAUCAAUAUUGUUGCCACCGCUGACACGCCAAACUUCCUUCUUUUAUGGGAUAUUGGACUCAGAGACCAAUUCAACUUUGCUUUCCAUGACUGUACGACUUUUGCUCCCUACAGUGCCGAAAUCAAUGUUGUCGACGAAGUCCACAGCCUUCUUGGUCGCAAAGUCCGACGUAUAGGAGGAAAACAAGGAGUUGGCUUCGUACUCAAAAGUCUUCCGGAGAAUACGCGGAAACUAUACCGCCUUCUCAUUACCGAGCUCCUCACAAUGAUGGGCGACCAACAUGUUUCGGAAGACGAGGACAAUCAAGAGACCAAGGGUCAGCGGGAUAAGGCUAGCAAUGACCCCAAAGAAAUCGCGAUUGAAUGGCGCACGUUAUUCCACAAGGCAACUGAAGAAUUUAUUUCCUCAUCUGAGCUGAUGUUCCGAACGCAACUCAAAGAAUUUUACGACCACCAAAUGGUAGUCUCGCGGACAGAUGCAACUGGCGUGGAAAUGCUCGGAGUCCCUCUUUCAUUAGAAGAGAUGGAAAGUGUCCUUGAAGACCUGGUUAUUGAGCAAUGA